AUGGCUGAAGUCAAAGCACGUACUGUUCGUUGGGGCUUUAUGGCCACUGGUGAUAUUGCAAAGACCUUUGCCAAAGACAUACUUAUUGACCCUACGACGCGGAGCACUGACGACAUCACACAUGUUGUCACAGGCGUCGCAUCUUCGUCGUCCGUGGACUCAGCCAGACGCUUCUAUUCUGAGAUCGUCCAGCCUCGACAGCCGUCGAACGUCAUCUGCAGCACGUACGGCUCAUACGAGGAGCUCGUCAGGGAUCCGGCGGUCGACCUGGUGUAUAUUUCGACUCCUCACUCCCAUCACUUCCAGAAUUGCAUGACAGCUUUGAACAACGGGAAGGCAGUGCUCUGUGAGAAGCCCGUGGCGGUCAACGCCCACCAGGCCCGCAAACUGCACGAGGUCGCCAAACAAAAAGGACUGUUCUUCAUGGAAGCGGUGUGGACUCGGUUCUUCCCUCUCAGCGUUGCUGUGAGGCAGUUGAUCAAGGACGGCGUGAUUGGCGACGUGCUGCGUGUCUACGUCAACAACUCGACGGGGACGGAUGUGGAGGCACUCGACGCGUCGCAUCGCUAUCUCAAUGCCGCCUUGGGCGGCGGUGCUCUGUUGGACAUUGGAGUCUACGCCCUGACGUGGCUGUUCCAGACGCUAUAUCACACCCAGGAUCCCGAGCUCCGGCAGCCUCCUUCGGCCAUGUCGAGUUUGGUCGAGUUCCACGAGCCCUCGGGGACAGAUCAGAUGACGAGUCUAAUCAUGCGCUUCGACAUGCCCUCAAAUUCGAGGUUGAAAGUGGCGCACGGCAUCGCCACUACUUCGAUGGUUCUACCGGAUGCUGGCAACCAGGACGGUCCGACAGUCCACAUCUACGGUCUAGAGGGCGAGAUCCAGGUAUGGGGUCCGGCUCACCGGGCUCAAAGGAUCAAAGUUAUUCCCAAAGCAGGGCACGGGGUUGCUUGGGAACGCCAUUUUCCGAUUCCUGCACAGGGACACGGAAUGUUCUGGGAAGCCGACGAGGCCGCCAGGUGCUGGCUUGAUGGGAAGCUAGAAUGUCCCGCGAUCUCGUGGGACGAAUCAACGCUGGUGAUGGAGGUCGCCGACGAGAUUCGUCGGCAAGCAAAUAUUGUCUACCCCGAUGAGAUCGAGACCACCGAGUGGCCUGUCCAACUGGGUGCACGUCGUGGUUGA